AUGAGUUGCUCUAAUACCAGAUCCUAUUCUUCACGGUCAAAGUCCAGAUCUCAGUCUAGUUCAAGGUCAAGGUCAAGAUCACAUUCUAGAAAAAAGAGAUACAGUUCUAGUUCUCGAUCUAGGACAUAUUCACGCUCUCGCAGUAGAGAUCGCAUGUAUAGUGGAGAUUAUCACAGAGAUUACAGAUAUAGUAGAAGAAUGAGACACCCCUACGGCUACAGAGGAAGAGGUAGAGGAUAUUAUCCAGGAAGUGGAGGUAGAGGAGGUUACAGACCUGUCUGGAACAGAUGGCACUCCCGCAGUCCUAGAUGGGGCCGUUCACAUUCUAGAAGUCCAAAGCGAAGAUCAGUCUCUUCCUAGCGGUCUCGCUGCAGAUCUCACCGAUCAUAUAGAUCUUCCAGAUCUCCAAGGUCCUCUUUGUCUCGCUCAUCUUCUUCAUACAGCAAAUCAACUAUCUCUUCCAAAAGUUGUGGGUCUUCAGAAAAGCAAGCAACUGAGGGAGCUGCUUUACAAGACAGUCCAAUAAAAAAUAAACCACAACAGGAAGAGAAAGGUGCAUUUGAACAUAACCCAUCGAAGACUUUAGAUGAUUCCAUUAAAUCAGCAGCAGCUUCAGAUGAUACUUGGCCUGGGCUUUCAGUAUCUGAUAGCAGCCCACAGUCUCCCCGCAGUCAUUCUGCUGCUUCCCCACCUAGUCUGAAUUCUUCAUGCUGUGAUGCUCACUUGCUUAGCUCUGUUCACUUGGCAAAAGACACAUCUCAACACACACAUUCUAUUCAGCAUAGCCCUGGGAGGUCUGGGUCUGGUUCCCUGGGAAAUGGGUCCCGUCAUUACAGCCCUUCCCAGACCAGCCCACUGCAUCACAUUCCUGGGAGAAGUCCUGCAAAAGCAGCCAUAUCACAGAAUGCUCCAUGCCAGAAGUCUUGCAAGCGCUCCUUUUAUCCAGAGGCUGCGGAUCAGGAGAGUGCAUAGGGUGGAAAAUUCCUGAAAAGAUAAGACUCAUCAUUACAAAAAUAAUACAGAGAUGAAGACUCCAGAGUGUACCACCUGCUUAAUAGAGGUAACACUAGGGAGAAAGAUACCCAAAAGGAGAGAGGAUCAGAAAAAUGCAGGACAGAAGGAGAAAGAGAAUGGGAAGAUCAGAAAGCAUUGGAAUAUUAUAUGGAUAAAGAGUCUGGGAAACAAAAAUGUAAUGAUUCUGAAGAGGAUGACGCUGAGGAGACAGAAGAUUAUAGGCAGUUCAGAAAGUCUGUUCUGGCAGAUCAGGGUAAGAGCUUUGCUGCAUCUCACCAGAAUACUGAGGAGGAAGGAUCCAAGUACAAAUCUAAAAUCUCUAUGAAGACAUAUAGAAAGAGUGAAAGUUUUAGAGAAGAUAAAAGUUAUAAGCUUAAAGAGACUACUAGUUCUGUAGUAGAGAGGCCUAAUUCACGAAAAGAUAAGCACAAGGAAGAAGAGAAGGUAUCUGAGAGAAUGAUGAAGAAAGAAACCCAGCAGGUAAAGUCUGAGAAGCUCAAGGAACUCUUUGAUUAUAGCCCCCCUCUGCACAAGAAUUUGGAUGCAAGAGAAAAAUCUACAUUUAGGGAGGAGAGCCCACUUAGGAUCAAAAUGAUAGCAAGUGACUCUCAUCGACCUGAAGUGAAACUUAAAAUGGCCCCAGUGCCACUUGAUGAUUCAAACAGACCUGCAACUUUUACUGAAGACAGGCUGCUUGCUAGUACACUUGUCCAUUCAAUCAAGAAGGAGCAAGAGUUACGAUCCAUCUUUGACCACAUUAAGCUACCACAAGCCAGCAAAAGUACAUCAGAGUCAUUUAUUCAGCACAUUGUGUCCUUAGUUCAUCAUGUCAAAGGACAAUAUUUCAAGUUCUCUGCCAAGACCCUAAGUGAGAGGUUCACUGUUUAUCAGAAGACUACUGAAGAACAUAGCAUCCCACAAAAGAGCCCAGAAAUUCAUAGGUGUGUGGAUUGCCUCAUUUCUCCGGGGUCGAUACGGAGAUCCUCUGGCUUGGCCGCGAGGGAGAGAGUGGUUAGAGAAGACACAGAAAAGGGAGAUAAAAAAAUUAAGUGUGAUGCUGCUGACCUACGACACAACAUUGACCGUCGCAGAAAAGAAAAAAGUAAAGAACUAGGAGUGCCUAAAGGUUCCAGGAAAUCCAGUGGAUCAAGAAUACAGGAGAAAAUGUCAAACAAUUACAAGGAUUUUAAAACUUUCAAAGACGACAGUAAACAAACAAGAGCUCAAGAGUGUUCUCGAUCUUCCUCUACUUCCUCCCCAUCUUCCUCUUCAUCCAGUUCCCAAGAAAAAGAAUACAAGAAAGAAAGAGAUGAAGAGUUUAAAUCUAAUUAUGAACAAAAAGAAUAUACUAGUUUUACAGGAGCUGGAAGACCUAGAGGCACAUUUUUUCGAAUUAGGGGCAGAGGAAGAGCCAGAGGCAUUUUUGCUGGAAUAAAUUCUGGUCCUAGUAACUCCAAUACUGCUUUUCAAAAGAGACCGAAGGAGGAGGAAUGGGAUCCUGAAUAUACUCCCAAAAACAAGAAGUACUUCUUGCAUGACGAUAGAGAAGACGGUGUGGAUUACUGGGCCAAAAGAGGAAGAGGCUGGGGCACUUUCCAGCAUGGCAGAGGAAGAUUUAACUUCAAAAAAUCAGGUAGCAGUCCAAAGUGGACUCAUGACAAAUUCCAAAGGGAUGGACUUGUGGAAGAAGAAGAAGAAACAACAAUGGAAAAUAAAGGCAAAGAAAGACACAAAGAAGAAAAGGUAGGCAGUUCUGGUUUCUCAAGUCUGAAAAUUUUCUGGCUUAUUCAUUCUUAUGUGAAUUUCAACCAGUUUAAAGUUCUGUAACAACAUAGUGCAAAUAUUCUACAUCUAUUGCACAGGAAUAACUCUGAAGUCCCAUUCCAACAGAAAGUCUGUGCACCAGCCACACAGCAUU